AUGUCUCCUCAACAGAGAAUAGAAGAGUACAGUGCUCUUACAUCAGUUUUAUCAUCAUUCAAUGACUAUGGAAAAUGGGCGAUAAAUGACUUGAUUCUCCCAAAAAGAAGUAAAUUCGCCACCUUAUUACCCGAACAGCAGAAAAUGCUUCCGUGGUUUGAAAACCAUCUCGAUAAAGUUUCUGAAUGUAUUGAAUUAAAUAGCAUUUUCUUCCAGCAACUCGGCCAACAAGUUGCGGGUGAUUGGAAUGCUCCACUAGACCCAAAAUAUUGGUAUGUUUGCAAACCCUCCGAUACACAAAAAACAAGGUCUUUAUUGACCCAAAUCUCACGAGAAUGGAGUACUGAAUGCCGUGAAGAGAGACAUAUUAGUUUUGGGAGGAUCAUAGAAAGUUUAGAGGAAUUGUAUCAGGAUUUAACCAUUGAACAGAAAUCACAAUUAAGGAUUUUGGUUCCUGGAGCUGGAUUAGGGCGAUUAAUAUUAGAGAUAAUUUUAAAAGGAUAUCUGUGCCAAGGUAACGAGGUUUCAUUUCACAUGCUAUUGGCGUCUAAUUUUUUUCUCAAUAAGAUACCCUUCCAAACAAAUAAUAAUCAAACCAAGCUCAUAAAGCUCUACCCUUUUAUUCAUAAAUUCUCUCUUUCACCUUCAAGAUCAAAACAAGUGAGGAGUAUCACUGUUCCCGACAUCAAUCCCAUCAACGAGUUGAUUAUAUUACAUCAAGAAAACCCCCAAUUGAAUGUCGAAAAUUUGAUGUCCAUCACCACUGGGUCGUUUGUUGAUAUUUACGGGCCGAACACCAAAAUUCAACAAUCAAACUUCUAUUCCAUAUCCAACGAUUCUAUAAGAAUCAGGGAGGAAAAUAAAUCUAGAUUUGAUUCAGUAGUCACAUGCUUUUUCCUUGAUACUGCUAUAAACAUUAUCGAAUACUUAUAUUCCAUUCACAAUACCCUUAAGCCCGGGGGUCAUUGGAUAAAUUUUGGACCGUUGUUAUGGCAUUUUGAAGAUGAUGGUGAUUCGACCAAUGUUAUUGUGGAGGAUGAGGAGGUGCAUGUGCCCAUGGAAGGUUUAGAAUUAUCAUUAGAAGACUUGAUAGACCUAAUCAAGGAAAUUGGAUUCAAGUUUGUAAAGAGAGAAUCGGGGAUCAAAUCUACAUAUGGCGCAAAUCCCCAAUCUUUAGGGAAGUGGGUAUAUGAUUGCGAGUUUUGGGUAGCCCAGAAACUAUGA